AUGUCGAAUUACCAAGUCUCACGAAGCUAUUCGCCGCCUAAGGAGCGGAAAAUUCCCGAAUGGCGAGUACGGGCAACAAGCGAGCCCAGAUCCAUGACGAACGACAACAGUGGGGCCUCUCCAUCAUCCCCUACCCGGGUCCGCAAACGCUACAAACCAACCGGCAAAAACUACAAGCCAGUCCCCGGGCAAGCACCCAUCAUUGUCCCGGCCGGCAAGCGGGACAUCAGCAAGAAUUGGAGACGCAUCGAGAACCCAUUCGACAAUAAAUCCGAUGUUCUUGCCACGGAGGAACAUCAGAGCGCCAUGGUUCCAGUCAUCGAAAGACAUCAAAUAAACAACAAAGCCCCUGACAACAACUCUGAUGUCCCUGUUACCGAGGAACAACAAGCCUCCAUUGCCCGAACUAGUGAGAGACAUCAAACACUUGACGAAUCUUGCACCAGAAUCUCCAAUGUUCAAGUUAAGCAAUGUUCCACAGACUCUUCGUACAAUGUGAGCCAACCAUCCACACCAACAAAACAAAGAGGCCGCCGUCGCAGAGGCCGACGAAACCGAGUCAAAAAUGCCAGCAAGGCAACCAUCGAAGAGCCCUUCUCGAAGCGGAACAACCUCAACGAAGGCAGCAAGAAAUUCCUCUCCAAAGCAGAUCACAACAAGC